CUGUGUCCCGGCGGCGGAGCCCAUAAAAAGCUGCGUCGGGGGCGGCCCGGUCCGUGUGUCUGUCUCGGUGCCGGUGUGUUCCCCUCCUGCCCCCGGCAUGAUGGCGCUCAGCGCCGCCCGCCGCCUCCUCCGCCCACCCGGGGAUCUGCUGAUGCUGCCGGUGCCGCUGGGGCUCGCCUGCAUGUGGGCGACCGGUGCCCGCGGUUGUGGCGGAGUCGGAACCGGCACGCCGAACCCGGUGGUUUACCUGGACGUGGGCGCUGACAACCAACCGCUGGGACGUGUGGUGCUGGAGCUGAAAGCUGACGUGGUUCCAAAGACAGCAGAAAACUUCAGAGCUCUUUGUACUGGUGAAAAAGGAUUUGGCUACAAAGGAUCCACUUUUCAUAGGGUGAUUCCUUCAUUUAUGUGCCAGGGUGGUGACUUUACAAAUCAUAAUGGAACUGGUGGAAAAUCCAUUUAUGGCAGUAGAUUUCCAGAUGAAAAUUUCAUACUUAAGCAUGAAGGACCAGGUGUUCUUUCCAUGGCCAACGCAGGACCCAAUACAAAUGGGUCUCAGUUCUUCAUCUGCACUGCAAAAACUGACUGGCUAGAUGGAAAACAUGUUGUUUUUGGGCAUGUGAAGGAAGGGAUGGACGUUGUGAAAAAAAUUGAGAGCUUUGGUUCCAAAAGUGGAAAGACCUCCAAAAAGAUUGUCAUUACUGACUGUGGCCAGCUGUCCUAGCCUCUCUCCCUGCCAUCCAGGGCAACUUUGAUGCUGUGAAAAAUCAAUCCUAAGAAGCCCCAAACAUUUCUGAUCCCAUGAAUAGCACCUGUGGAACUUUUUUCUAUUUAACUUGGUCCAACUUUUAUACAUACACUGAAUAAUAUCAAUUAAAAGCAUAAAGCAAUAUCUGAAGCAUGUUUUAACUGGGCUGUGUUGGUAGUCACACUGGCAGUCAGGUAAGAGCCCCACUGUGUUCUGGAAGAAGCCAUGUAGUCACUCUGGGCAUAUCUGCAGCAUUGAUCCUUAGUUUUUUGCAUUUUCAGGUGUUAGAGUUGGUGGUGGAGCUGACAGCUGAGUAGCUGGGGGUUGGAGGAAUUGAGGAAUAUUUUUUUUCCUUUGGUGCUAAAAUCUGUUCUGUUGUUGAUCCUAAUUUUGAAAAAAUUCUUCUAAGUAGCUGUCUGCAGUGUGACUGUCAGACAUUUUCAUCUAUGUUUCAAUGUAAAUCUAUCCAAUGGGAUUAAUUAUAUGGUUGUGGGUUUUUUAAAAAAGGAAUUCUGGUUUGGUUUUUGGUUCUGUUUGGGUUUUUUUUUUUUUUUGUAGGCUCAGACCACUGUUUAGAAUUGAACUCUACCUUACCUUGCUUUGAUGGAGCAGCUUCACUUUUGGGUUAAUUAUAUUGUCUUAGGUCUAAUUAGCCUACUAGAAUAGGGCUCUGUCUGGGCAAUAUGAGCACAAAUUAGCCAGAAAAACGUGGGAUGACUUUAUUAUGCAACUGUGAACUUCCUUAAAGUGUGGUUCUGCUCUGAGAUCUGGGUCUGUGAGGAGCACAGCACAGUUCUCAAUAGCCAAUUUUUGCACUUUGAGAAUACAAUUAGUAUAGUGAGCUUGCUUGAGUGAGAAAUGGGUUUAAUUGUUGGGUUUUUUUUUGUCCUGAUGGUCUUGUGAAGUCAGCCCACCUUUGGGUUAUAACUUGGGUUAUGAUUGCUUCUCAUGCAUCAUCAAGAGGUCAGAACUGGUCACCACAAAGUCAGUCACAAGGCCUAACUGGUGCAGCAGGAUCAUUAUUGGUGGGGUUGGUGCAUGAGAAGGAAAGAAUUCAGCCAGUCAGAUAAACCCAUUUCAUUUGUAUAAACCUGUGUGUGGAGUGCUUGAGCACUGACAAAUGUUGGAACCUCACAACAUCACUUCUAGAAUCACUAAAGCUUUGGGGAAAAAGCUCUCUGUUUUUGUGCAAUAAUCUUGUUUCUGAGGAGAAAAAGAAGCUGUGAUGGCUCUCUUCAAAAAUGUGAAUUUACUUCCAUUUCAUUCUGAUAAUAUGUGAGUUUAAAAUGUUUUGCACUGGAUUUUUUUCCCACUGAGGGCUGCAUUCUUGUGUGUGCAAGGUAGUAUGCAGAGUGUAAUUUUGCAGAAAAUGGAAUUGAAAGGCUUUUUAUUCUUUCCACUUGUUUCAUCUUUCUUUGUCAUACUUUUUAAUUAUUAAUUUGUGCUGGUUUGACUUACCUCACUUUGAAAAAACAAUGAUUAUUUUUGUGUGUGUGUGUGUGUGCAUCCUCAAGUUUGUACAUGAAAAAUAAUUAAACACAGUUCUACC